UCUCACUUCCCAAACAACGUUAUCCGAUUUUGGAGAACACAAACAUAAAAAGACUCGACUCAAGUAGAAAAAAGCGCAAAGGAAAUCAAAAUCCUUUCCAUAAUUCAAUUGAAAGCCCGGAAAGAGUAAUUUGAAUUCCAAGUUUCAGUUCUGAGUCCAAGAAAUACAGUCGGAGGGUUACUUUUCCGGUGUUUUUUCUUACAAGAAUGGCUCUUUCGACCUCCUUUAGCCGGCCAAUUAGCUCCUUCAAUGCCGUUUGUUCGCCACCGUUCUGUUUGAUGAAAUCUAGUAGUUUUAAUUGUCAGAAUAGCGCUCAAAUGCUCGUGGGACUGCGGAGCUCCUAUCAGCCUCUGGUUAUCAGCUGUUGCGCUGGUGAAAUGGGCUCGGAUUCCAUGAAUUUGAGGCAACCUCAGGUUUCUUCUAUGCCUAGACCUCCUUUUGGUGUCACAAUGACUGAUAGUGGCUUAGAGAAACCAUCAUUUAAAUGGCGAAGAGUGUUGCUUAAAGUAAGUGGGGAGGCACUUGCAGGAGAUCAAACACAAAAUAUAGACCCAAAGAUAACAAUGGCCAUUGCAAGGGAGGUUGCAUCUGUUACUCGGCUAGGUAUUGAGGUUGCAAUCGUUGUUGGUGGAGGUAAUAUCUUCAGAGGGGCUUCCUGGGCAGGGAGCAGUGGCCUUGAUCGCUCUUCUGCUGAUUAUAUAGGGAUGUUGGCGACUGUCAUGAAUGCAAUAUUUUUGCAAGCAACAAUGGAGAGCAUUGGCAUCCCGACAAGAGUUCAGACAGCUUUUCGCAUGUCAGAAGUUGCUGAACCCUAUAUACGAAGACGAGCUGUAAGGCAUUUAGAGAAAGGAAGAGUUGUAAUCUUCGCAGCUGGAACCGGAAAUCCAUUCUUCACAACAGACACGGCUGCAGCACUUAGGAGUGCAGAGAUUAAUGCUGAGGUAGUGCUGAAAGCUACAAAUGUGGAUGGAGUGUACGAUGAUGACCCUAGAUGCAACCCUAAUGCUCGCCUACUUGAUACUCUAACUUACCAAGAUGUAAUCUCAAAGGAGCUGACCGUGAUGGAUCUGACUGCCAUCACUUUGUGCCAAGAGAACAACAUUCCGGUUGUUGUCUUUAAUCUGAACAAGCCCGGCUACAUAUCAAAAGCCAUUAGGGGAGAGAGCGUUGGCACAUUUAUUGGAGGGACUCAGAGAUCAGAAGCGAAAAUGUCUUGAAGAAAACAUCGGUUCCCCCCUGUUGUUGCAGAACUACACUAUAGCUUAAAGUAUAUUAGGGACGAUCAUCACACACAUACUCGCCCGGUUUUCUGUUGUGACUGAGGUUCAGGAAGUCGGUACUAGAAAAUCUUGAUUUUGCCACGGAUCGCUAUCCCUAGUGUUUUAGAAUUAUUUAUCAACUGUAAAUAUGAGGAUAUUUCAUAUUAUAUUGGUACUUAAUCAUGAGAACUAUCCUAUAUAUAGCUAAUGCUUGUGAAUCAGUGGCGAUUCCCUGAUUCUGGAAAAAAGUA